AUGGCUAUGAACAAGCUUAAAACAGCUUCACCGAAGCCCCGCAAAACACGGGUUGGGACUGAGAGUGCUUUCCGGUCGGGUUUGUUAAGUUCGUUGGAGGAGUGCCAGGAGGCGGCUCGUCUGCGGGGGGAGAAGAGCCGGCGGUGGGGCCCGGUGGUGCAGCAGCUGCGUUCGUUGGACAAGGAGAAACGUGUGUGGCGAGCGCGGAGGCAAAAGGGGACGCAGAAGGCGCUGGCAGUGCAGGUAGCGCGUUAUUGGAAAGCAGCGAGCACAUUGGCGGCGAGGCGGGCGCGUCAACGCGCGCGCAAUCUAGAAGCGGCGGCGCGUGCGAAAAAACAACGGGCCUGGGUGCGCAGAGCGCAGUUGUACACACAGGCCAUUUGGGAUCGUCUGGACGAAGCGGAACAGGAAGAAGAGGACGAGGCACUCGAGGACUCCAUGAGCGACGAUAGUAAUGCGACCAAGGAAGCCGACUUGCUUAAACAGGAAGCGGAAGAGGACGUAGAAGAAAUCCUCAGACGAAUCAAAACGCAGACCGCCCCACGGCCAGACCAACCACCCGUCGAACUGCAAGACAAGGCGUCGGGCGAACGGCCUGUAGACGACGUAAAAAGUGAGGAACCCGACUGGUGCCAAGCAGCAGCAGGAGGUACGGCCCGCCGUAAACGACGAAGGUUGAUGCUCGAAGCCAUCCGAAACCGGGCACCAAGCUCCGACGAAGAGGAGACGGACCCCGGGGGCGCACGGAACACUGAAAAGCAUGUAAAGGUCGGAUUAGACGAGAAGGUGAGGUCAGACGAGAAGGCCGAUCCGGGUGAGAAGACAGGAGGGGGUGUAAAGCAGGAGGGGGGACCUCUAGCGGAGUUAGUACCUCGAGCGGAGUUAGUACCUCGAGCGGAGUUAGUACCUCGAGCGGAGUUAGUACCUCUAGCGGAACCAGGUAUUUCGGAUGAGCCAGGUGCUUCCGACGGACAGACCUUGGCCGGAGAUCCGGAAGAAGGUGAUGAGGUGGAGGGUGGAGACAUGAGUGAGGUGUCGUCCAUGUUCCGGGCAACAUUACGUUCUUAUCAAUUAGAUGGUUUCCGUUGGUUAUUGCGAUUGCAUGGUGGUGGUGUUGCAGGUAUCUUAGCAGAUGAAAUGGGUUUGGGUAAGACGAUACAGACGAUUGCUUUAUUGAGUCAUCUGGCUACGGAACAGGGUAUAUGGGGUCCACAUUUGGUGGUGGUGCCGACUAGUGUGGUUGUGAAUUGGGAAUUAGAAUUUCGGAAAUUUGCUCCAUUUCUGAAGGUUGUAACUUACUUGGGUGGUAAGAAGGAUAGAGAAGUGAAACGUCGAGGUUGGGCUAGACCAUUUGCUUUCAAUGUAUGUGUUACAUCUUACAAUCUGGCGAUCAACGAUAGUCAGCACCUACGGAGGCUUCGUUGGUAUUACUUGGUUCUAGACGAGGCGCAAAAUCUUAAAAAUAGCAAUAGCACACGUUGGCAAACUCUAUUGCAAUAUAAUGCCGUUCAUCGCCUAUUGCUAACUGGUACACCAUUACAGAACAACUUGAUGGAGUUAUGGUCAUUGAUGUACUUCAUCGUACCCGAGGUCUUUGGUAAACAUACUGAUUGGCAAAAUAUUUUCUCAGACCCUCUAUCAACCGCCAUAGAAAAAGGACAAUUUGGACACGACUUAAGCAGUGGUGAUGGUCAAUCCCUUAACUUAGUUCGGCAACUAUACAAUAUCUUACGACCUUUUCUUCUCAGAAGACUUAAAAGGGACGUUGAAAAUCAGCUUCCAAAAAAAACCGAGCAUGUAAUUAGAUGCUAUCUAAGCAGACAACAAAAGAUCCUAUACAAUGAGCUCAUACAAGCAAACACUAACAAUGAUCCACCUGGAACCAAACGAGUUAACGAAUAUUUGCAAGCCAUGAACCUACUCAUCAUGCUACGAAAAGUUUGCAAUCAUCCCUACCUCAUCUCAGAAAAUACCGCACUUUCCCCUACCGUAUGCGAACGACUACGAAUUCGAUACACCGUACACAACAGUUGGAUGCUGAACAAUUUUGCUGACGUUUCUCAACCGACAUUGGCCCAGUCUCUGGAAGAUCCCACUCCUAGUCUCAAGUCGCUACUCUCGUUCACUUAUACUCAAACUAACGACUCGCGACACUGUCACAACAUGCGCCAUGGGUCUCUGCCAACAACUAGCUUUAUAGUCGGUAACCUUCCCGGUAACCUUCCCGGUAACCUUCCCGGUAACCUUCCCGGUAACCUUCCCGGUAACCUUCCAUCACAAAGCCGGAUCGAGACGGGUGCUAGCCAAGUAGCCAAGUGGAUGAGGACGCCAUCCUCGGAGCGGCCCCCUUCCAAUCCUGCGGUCGAGAACUCCACGCUUCUAGACCAAUUAAGUACUCCUCAGAUCGGAACCGCCCAUAUCGCGACCCAAAUGAACCCCCCCGUUAUCUUCCACAACCCCGCUUCUCUUCUAGACCAGAGCGCUUCUCAUCUGGAACAGAGCGCUUCUCGUCCAAACAAGUCGUUCUUACCGCGAAGGUUGAAGGGUCCGGAAGAAACUCUAUGGUCGUCACCCGAUCCGGACACGAGCAUGUCCGCCUAUCUGAAAGGCAAGGCUCGUUUGCGGCCAGGAGCGGGCGCGGAGGUUGAUGAGCUUUUAAUGAAGGACCAGUGGCUUCAGCAAAAACGACAAGAACAACACAAAAAACACGAGGAAGUCUUACAAAAACGACGGGCAUUAGGUAGUAGGGCAUGCCCACCCAGACUUCCUACCCACUUGGGUGUUGAUACUAUAGAUUUCGUUAUCAAUGAGUUCAAUACAAAGGGGCUCAAAACCGGACGAAAUAGGAUUGAGCUCCACACCAUGUCAGAAGACAUGUUAGGAGGGAAGCUGUUUAGUAGCUCCAAUCAGCUGGAUUUCAGUGACGAGAUUCGGAAAGUGCUAGAGCCAACAUUCGAUGACGUCUUUGUCGACUUCCGUCACAUUUGUAAUUCGCGCUUCCGGACGCAUCCUCCUCACAAAGUGAAGCCAGACGGACCUGACGUUCGCGUCCAUAAAGGUCCGGAGCCUUAUUGCAGACCGGAUCCAUGUGUAGUUGACCUCAUUUCGCGUGUGCACACGCGUGCGCGCAAUGAAAAUUUGCCCAGUUCAAGCGACUAUGGGGUGCCGCUUGGCUCGUUGCGGCAUCCUGGUAAUUAUUGGCAGGACGGCUACGCUGAUUGGGUCUCGAGCUCUAGUUUGUUGAUCCCGCCGGCGGUGGAUGUGUUGUACGACAGCGGUAAGAUGCGUGAGUUGCGGGGCGUCUUGGAAGAUUGUGGACGUACAGGUGAGAAGUGCAUUAUCUUUACGCAGAUGGUUCGGAUGUUAGACUUGUUGGAGCGGGUGCUGAAUGUGUUGAAUUACAAGUAUUUGCGACUGGAUGGAUCGACGAAGCCAGAGAAGCGUCAAGGCUUGGUUGACCAAUUCAACAACGACCCUCGGAUUUCGGUCUUCUUAACCUCAACUCGAGCAGGCGGCGUCGGCAUCAACUUGACGGGAGCAUCUGUGGUUAUUUUUUAUGACACCGACUGGAACCCUGCGAUGGACCGGCAGGCCAUGGAUCGGUGUCAUCGACUGGGCCAGAUUCGAGACGUGCGAAUAUUUCGCUUCAUUUGCGAAGCGACCAUAGAAGAAAACAUUUGGCGGAAGCAAUUGGAGAAAAGACUGUUGGACGAAGUGGUAGUCGACCGAGGAUCUUUUACUUCCGCUCACUACGAGCAAACAUUCAAACCCCACGAUACCACCCAACUCAUCUUCACCGUGAACAGUACGGAUGACCUCUACCUUACGAGAGAACUUCACGAUCAGCCCAGGGAUCCUCUAGAACUCCGUCCAGAAGAAGACGCCCAUGCCGCGCCUGAAGAGGACACGGCUGCCUGGCUAGCGCAGGUGGAGGAAGCAGACGACCAACAAGCACUGCAACAGAACCGCGUUGAACUGGGCGAGACAUACCGCAACCAGCUCCUCGAGUUCACUACUGCCCCCGCGGACCCGGGCUCCGUCCCUGACAUGAAUGCCCCGCCUGACUUCGAUUACGUCCGCCCGAUGAGAGCUUCCGGGGCUGCAGGUCCCUCUGUUUCGGCGGACCCUCCCGCCCUGCCAGAACGUACCAAAGACAGUCUGCCCGGUCGGGAAAGCGCUGUACAGCUAACGGUUGACAAGGCCGUGGGUGUCCUGCAUGUGACGCCUGUCAUGGCGGCAUGCGUCGAAUGGCUAGAGGAGGAUCGGCCCUCGGCGUAG